CCAAAUUAAUACAAAACAUAUAUUGUCGAACUUGAGAAUAAAGUCGAAAUUUGGAGAUCAAGUUAAUGUUACAAGAUAAUGUUGUUUUGAUGGGGGGGUUAAAAUACUAUUUUGAGGGAAAAAACUGGAAAUGUGGAGAUUACCGUUGUUGUUUCAUGAGACUGCCAUAUUUGCUAUACCCUUUACAGAAUGCCUUGUUUAGAUGAGUUAGCAAAACACAUUGUUCUGCCGUGUUUUGAUACAAAAUACACAACACGUUCUCACUCCCAAGCACCAAACACUUCCCUAUUACAAGAUCGGAAAAAUGAGGAAACAUGAGAACAGUUUGGAAUCAAUCUACACAUGUACGUUCAUUUUAUUUAAAUCGCUUUGGAAAACACUAUCUAACUUCAUUAAAGUGCUGGUUAAGGUUAGGGAUAAGGUUAGGGAAAGCGGAAGGUCACAUUUCGCGUUCCUCAGGAACGCCUCGGUACUUGACAAAUCGUCACGCGUGAGAACGGGCUGACAUACAUCCUCUCUGUUACAAGAGGGCGUAACCACCUUUAGUCUGUCCGUUACCGGCCGUCUAGUAUAAAGUUAGUAUAAAUAGUAAGCUGUCAGUGUAGAGAAUAGAAAUCAGACAAGACAACUCAUGAAACAUCUGCUUACAUCUGGUUAAAUUCAGGUGUACAAAACCACAAAGACCAGAAGAUCAGAUGAUCACAACUUGAACAUUAAGAAAAUCUUCUGGAGAUCUUAAUAGAAAUUAUUGUGAGCUGUGAUUCUUUUCCCCACGCUGAGCCCUUACCCGCUGAAACCCACUUUAACUUUAACUAAUUUUUCUGUUUAGAGGCAAAGUCACACGCACGAGGUUCAAUUAGCUUUGCACAAAAAUAAUACAUACAGAUUGUCGGUACUUUCACUAACUCUGCCAAUAAUGCAGAUCUACUUAUAAUACAGUAAGUGUGCACAGACCUAAUGGGGAUUUCAUUUUAACUGAGUGGUUUACUCACUACACUGUAGAACAGCCUCAGCCUUUAACUUCCAAACAAAGUCUUUAGCCCCGCCACUUAAUAAAAGAAGAAGUCUCAAAUUGCCACACUUCCUCUUUCCACUCACAUCAUUCCCUUCCCGUUAUCUUUCACUCUGCUUUUUCUGCAUGAAAGAGUGCAUCUAAGACGGGCCAAGCACUGUGUGUAGUUUCCUGGAAAUGGAGGGAACUCAGACAAUGACUAGAGAGGAGGGGACAACAGAAAGAAAUGGGGAUCAGGGGACUAGCAGCAAUGUGCCGAUGUCCAGCAAACCUCUGCAUCGCUUUGUCCGAAAGGAGCCCAGAAGUCUUGGGAUUGUCAUUCUGAUGUUUGGCUGUGCUGAGCUGUUAGUGGGAUUUCAGUUCUCCAGCGAAGAUUUCAAAAUCUCUCCUGAACUCUACAUUCCCUUUUGGCAGGGAGCUCUGUUUCUUACCUGUGGAAUCCUGUCAGUCUACACUGAGUUGCAUCCGUCCAAGAAGAUGGUGACUGUGUGCUUGGCCCUGUAUGUGGUUUCCAUCUUUGGAAUCGUAAUCUCUUUCAUAUACAGGAUCAUCCACUUAUUCUCUUAUCCCUACUUUUAUAUGCAAUCUCAUUUGAACAGGACAAGUGUGGCGCUGCUGAAAAGUAUCGAAGCCAUUUUAUUGACCUCCUCUUUUUGCGUGUUAGUGAUUCUCAUUUUUCUAGUCAUUGUCGCACGUUUCGGACUGAAAUCCACACACACUCAGCUCAUCAUCCAGCAAAUUCCACCACCGAGGACUGAAACGACAUCGGACUGAGGCCAUCUUUUUAAAGUAUUAUUAAACAUUAGACAACCUUACUAAAACACACUUUGCUGGUCUCUUGUUACACUUGUUCUUGAACUAAAAUCAUUUAUGUCAUCUCUGUGAGGAAAAACUAUCUUAGAAGAACUUUUUCAGGAAGGUAAUAACAACUAAUCUGUCUGGCAACCCUUGUGUUUCCCUGCUGCACGUCCGCAAAUCUCUUGUGGUCCACAUCGACUGAAUGUGUUGACCUCGGCAAGAUGUCAUACACUAUAUGUUGGACAACAUCUGGGCCACGUAACAUUUGUUUGUGACAAGUGCCAAAAUUCAGGACGUCCAACCAUAAAAGUUUUGAUUUGUUUUAAAACAUACUUGUUAGAAAUUCCUUUUUUAUUGUUAAUAUCUGAAAAUUUACUUCCUCAUCAGACCUUUAGUCAUUUGGAAGCCAUGUAGAAAAUCUAUUAUGAGUGUCAUCUUUUCAGAGAUGUCCAAAAUUUUCUUGCAUUAUUGCAUUGCAUUAUUAUUAGUGUCUUAUUAGUAGUCUUUGACUAUCAUUAAGCUGUGCUUUGUACUCUGUACUGAAUGUUUAACUGAAGACAUUUUACAGUAUGACAUGUUGUAACUGGAUGAGUAAACUAUUAGCUGUGACCUCUGGUUACAGAGGGAACAGGUACUUUACUGGGAUCAAAGAAGCCUCGGUAUAAACUCUGUUUUUCCUGUUUGCAUAAAAUAUUUUUAUAUUUUGUGCAAUAAUUGUGUACUAAUUUAAACAUAAACUUUUGUUAAACCAAUAUAAAUACUCUCAUUUCAUUAUGUUAACCUUUGCUUUCACCCCUAAUCAACAAUAGUAAAAGUCCUCAGUUUACGACGUAGAUUAAAGUUGUACAAACUCUG